CACUCAAGUCCACUUCCAUCAGAUCAACACUUCCUCGCACCUUCAACCCCACCACAAUCACCAGCCGUUUCUUCUCAACCAAACCCGCAAACAUGACUCUCUCCGCCGCUACCUUCCUCGAGGCCGUCAAGCACCGCCGCAGUCACUACGCCCUUGAGGCCAAGUCCCCGAUCGCCGACUCCAAAAUCGUCGAGAUCAUCCAGGAGACCGUGAAGCACGUUCCCAGCAGCUUCAACUCGCAGACCGCCCGCGCCAUCGUUCUCCUCGGAAAGGAGCAUCAGAAGCUGUGGGACAUCACGAUCGAGUGCCUGCGCCCGAUCGUCCCCGCCGAUGCCUUCCCCGCCACUGAGGGAAAGCUCAACAUGUUCAAGGCCGCCUACGGCACCGUUCUCUGGUUCGAGGACCAGACCGGUGUCAAGGCCAUGCAGGACGCUUUCCCCAUCUACGCCGACAAGUUCCCCAUCUUCUCCGAGCACGCUUCGGGAAUGAACCAGUACGUCGCGUGGACCGCGCUCGAGGCCGAGGGCUUCGGUGCUAACCUCCAGCACUACUCCCCCAUCAUCGACGAGAAGGUCCGUGAGGAGUGGAACGUCCCCGAGAGCUGGCUCCUGGAGUCGCAGCUCGUCUUUGGAACUCCCACCGCUGUGCCCGGAGAGAAGACCUUCAACCCCAUCGAGGACCGCGUCAAGGUGUACGGUGCUUAA